CGAACCAAGAAAAUGCUGACUCUACUCAUCUUCUCUCUCGGACUCCUCCUUCUUCUUGGUCUGCUCUUCAAAUUCGCACUCGCCGAUGGGGAUUUUACCCUGAUUUCGAAGAGGCAUGUGAAGCGUGAAGCCAUAGAAGGCAAGGUAGUCUGGAUCACAGGGGCUAGCCGUGGAAUUGGGGAAGUUCUUGCUAAACAGUUUGCAAGUUUAGGUGCCAAGCUUAUUCUCUCUGCGAGGAAUGAAGCUGAACUGGAUCGGGUUAAGAGCGAGCUCAAAGGUAAAUAUGCACCAGAAGAUGUCAAGGUUUUGCCUUUGGAUUUAGCUAGCGGCGAAGAGUCGCUCAAGCAUGUUGUAGAGAAAGCAGUGUCGCUUUUUCCUGGAGCCGGUGUUGAUUUUUUGAUUCACAAUGCUGCCUAUGAGCGUCCGAAAUCUAAGGCACUGGAUGCGAGUGAGGAAAAUCUUAAGACUACCUUCGAGGUUAAUGUAUUUGGGACAAUAUCUCUUACAAAGUUGUUAGCUCCUCAUAUGCUAAAACAAGGAGGCGGUCAUUUUGUUGUGAUUAGCAGUGCCGCAGGAAAGGUACCAUCACCUGGACAAGCUAUAUAUUCUGCUUCAAAACAUGCUCUGCAAGGCUACUUCCACAGCUUACGUUCUGAGUUCUUUCAGAAGGGAAUCAAGGUUACUGUUGUUUGUCCCGGUCCAAUAGAAACCUCGAAUGGUACAGGAACAUCAACUUCGGAAGACAAGAAAUCUCCUGAGAAGCGUGUGUCAUCUGAACGAUGUGCAGAACUGACCAUAAUCGCUGCAUCUCAUAACUUGAAGGAAGCUUGGAUUUCAUAUCAGCCAGUACUGCUCGUGAUGUAUCUAGUGCAGUACAUACCUCCCCUUGGCUUCUGGCUCAUGGACAAGGUUGGAGGGAAACGUGUGGAGGUUGCGGAAAAGAAAGGCAACACAUACUCAUGGAAUUUACUGUUUCAGAAGAAGACUAAAACAAACUGACACUGGUUAUCUAGAAAGUAUAUGAAGUCUUGUCAGUGUGGUAGUGUUUAUGUUCAUGUCUGUUUUGAUAACUAAGAAAGUGUCUCAGGAAAGAGUUUGCUGCUAUAUAACUAGUUUACUGUGAUGACUAGCACAGCUGGUGUUAGAGUGGUAAAAUAGUUCAAUACACUGGCUAGAGCUCAAUAAGUAAUAAAAGAUGGCAAUCAUUCAUUUGGCUAAUACAA